AACGCGCAUGAUAGAGUUGCCGAUUAUGUCUAUAAACUGGACCCAUAACUUGAAACUUCUCGAUCUAGAUUGUCGGGUACUGUUCAUUUGUUGCAUUACAAGGAAAUCUGUUAAUCAUCCACGAUUUCGGCGCAUCCUUUGGACAUCAUUGUCUUUGAAGUUAUGUUUAUCGCGAUUGUGGGAACCCGAUUUGCAGGAAAAUCGACUGUGGAAGAAUUUUUGAUCAAACAGAAGGGAUUCACUUCCGUCCGCUUAUCACUCGACAAUGACUCGCCAUCCACACCCGAUAUCAGUGAAGGUCUAUCACCAUAUGAUGACCCUGCAACGUCGAAACGUAACGGAGGAACUUCAUCUAAUUUUCGGCCUGUUUCUUUCCUAGUGAUGAACUCCCCCGUUGCGUCUUCAUUCCAUUUCCCCUCAAAGCAGGCAAUACCAGCCAGGCUUUCUUUCGCAUCUACCUCAGAGUUGUUAGAACAUGUCACCCACAACUGGCGAUCCAACUUUGUGACAGUUGAUUUACAGACAGAAGAAGCACUGCAACCUUUCAUCACUCGCCCGUUUGUUUUGGUUGUAAACGUCGAUGCGCCCCUCCUCGUCCGCUUCCAGCGAAGCGUUCAGGCGGAGUUCGGAACAUCCUCACUCCAUGAUUUCAUUCGGGACCAUGAUUCUCUCUUCUAUGGCCCGCAUGAAACCACCGUAGCGUCAAAUGUAAACCCACCACAAGAUAUAACAACUGGUUGGGCCCUUCGGGGGCUUACUCAAUAUGUGCAUUUAUCUGUAAUCAAUUCUUUCCAGUCCAAACACUCGCUGUUCGCACAUCUUGAGGAACUCGACCUUACGAAUCCUGAACGAUUACGACCAGGGUGGGAUACAUACUUUAUGGAACUCGCAUCACUAGCUUCACUACGCUCAAAUUGUAUGAAACGUCGAGUUGGUGCCAUCCUUGUACGGAAAAGCCGAAUAUUAGCUACAGGGUAUAACGGAACACCCCGUGGAUUGACAAACUGUAACGAGGGUGGGUGUGCUCGAUGCAAUAACGGUUCAGAAACGCCAGACGAAUGCGUAUGUCUUCAUGCGGAAGAGAAUGCACUUUUGGAAGCUGGUAGAGAAAGGGUUGGCGAUGGUGCUGUCUUAUACUGUAAUACUUGCCCCUGCCUCAGGUGCACAAUCAAGAUCAUUCAGACCGGUGUCAAGGAGGUAGUUUAUAACUUAAGUUACAAAGUUGAUGAUGCCUCGGCCGCACUAUUCAAAGAAGCGGGAGUAACAAUCCGUCGACAUGCACCACCACCAGAGCGAUAAAUUGGCACCUUUGGAACAGGGUUCCGUAUUGUAUGAAGGUCAAGCUAGUAUCUUACAUGUAUUUUCACUUAUAUUCCACCUGUCCUCCUGAAGGAACUUCCAUGGACCCAGCUGCUGUUGGGUAGCAGAAAGGGCAAACCAUACAGCGUCCUCAUUAUUCUUGGCCAAUUCGCUAUACAGAUCUCUCGCCAGAGACUGCAAUUCACCGUGUGCUUCGCUAUGCAGAAAUCGCCUGAAUGAUACUAUCACUUCCCACACCGAAGAAUCCUGGAUCUGAACAUGCUUCGCAGCUGAUCGCAUCGUGGUCAAUAACGCUUUGUAGGUUCG